CUCGGAACUUCACUAGAAAAGUUGCCUCUUAUUCUUUUCCUCUCACCUGUAACCAAAAACCCUCAGAAAACACAAUUGAUGGCUACAGAAUCACCAAAAUUUCAUCACUGAAAGCUGUAGUUUCAUCCUGCAAUAGCUACAAAGAAGAAAAAGAAAAGCUUAACAAUGGCGAGCCUUCCUGAAGAUAUGAUCGUCAUUAUAGUAUCGAAGUUACCAGUCAAAUCGAUCUCUCGUUUCAGGUGUGUGUGCAAACGCUGGUGUGAAUUGUUCAAAAACCCUAAGUUUAUUAAGACACACCUUCACCAUGCUAUUGAAAACAACAAGUUUAGUGUCCUGCUUGAUACAAAUUUCGCGGCUUAUUUGAUAGGUUCUGAUGACGAGAAUAGGGGUGUUUAUAAAACCAUAGAUUUUGAUUUAACAUCCUCCUUGUCUUACCCUAUGGCUGUUCGAACUGAUCUCCCACAAGAUACGUUUCUACCUGGUUAUCUACGUAUUUAUUCAUGUGAUGGCUUAAUCGUCUUAUCCACUGGUAGUCGGAAAAUGAUAUGCUUGUGGAAUCCAUCAACACGAGAAUACAAGGAUAUACCCACACCAACGUCAAAUCUAGAAGGCUUCUCCAGAUAUGGUGUUUGUUACGAUUGGAAAAUUGAUGAUUACAAGUUGUUCAAGUUAGUGGCCAAUCCAGAAUUUAGUAUUACCUCUGAAGUUUGGGUUAGUAGAUUAGGUUCAAAUUCAUGGAAUAACAUUGGAAACUUAAGUUAUAAUGUGAAUCGUAGUAACAAUAUGUGUGUGAAGCCUUUAAAUGGAAUUAUACAUUGGAUAGGAGACACUGAAGUUAUAGUCUCGUUCGAUAUAGUUGAAGAGCGAACCAAAGAAAUCCAAGUACCCAGUUGCUAUCUACACGACUGCAGGUAUUCAUACGAAGAUAUGGAAGUGGUCGUCUUGGGAGAGGAACUUUGCCUAUCAGUUCAUCCAAGCGGUGAGAGCAACAUCGAGCUUUGGAUAAUGAAAGAUUAUGGAGUUACAGAUUCUUGGACCAAAAUUUUCAGCCUUUCAAGAGAUACAAUAAAUUUUUAUAUGUUAUUGCCCCUGCAUUAUCUCAAUAAGAAUCGCGAGAUUCUAUUACAGGGUUUACGUUUAGAAGGCAGGGAUGCUUUAGUCUCGUAUAACCCCAAAAGCGGAAGACUUGUGGCUCUUGAUAUUCCCGGCAUGCCAAAACAUUUUAAUGCAACUACGUUUGUUGGAAGUCUAGUUUCACUCAAUUCAGGUGAAUUCGUAAAGGCUUCAAAAAUAUCUGAGGUGAAUACCAGUGCUGGCGCUUACAAGUUCUUUUCGCUGACAGUUGAGCGAGCCAUAUCGGAAUAUUGGGAGUUACGAAGUAGAUCCUUCUGCUUGAAAUGGUUGAACAAGAGUCCCUGCUAUGAAACUGGAAAUGGUGGUAGCAGCACAUGUUGUCAUCAUCCACGAAAGAAACAACAAAGAUAUAGUACUUGCUGAAGCUCCACCGCAUCCUAAUCGGUGAACCAUGGACUCGACCCAAAUGAUUCAACCAGUUGACUUCUUCACUUUUUCUUCACUUAAAAGUGUGGGUCCGAAGAUGCGACUUUCUUCUCCGUUUUUUUAAACGUUCACAUAGCUAUCUUGAUGUCGGGUAAAGUCGAAGUACUCUAGAAGAAGACUUCAAGACUACGAUACGACAAUUGUCAACAAAGCGGUUGAAGUGUAACGGGUAACCCAUAGAGAAGACUGACCUAAAUCAUCAUGACAAUGGGAAAAUGUCCUACUUUCCUUUACCGGUAAUAGAGUUGUUGAGAUGUGAAGUGCUCACCACAAUGAGGUUCAGGAUUUUUUGAUCUUCGUAGAAAAACAAAUGAAAAUUAGAGGGCUUGUUUGAA